GAUAUAUGUUGAUAGGGUGCGGGAUCACUUACUAGACUGCAAAUUUUCUCUGCAAUUUGCUUCAUCAACAAUGUCUGUAUUUUGAAGUUUUAAUUUUGAUGUUUGAAAAAUUGGGUAUGUGUCAUUUUCUCUCUUGACAUAUACAAGAAUGUCGUAUGCUUUGUUUGUUUACUUUUCCUCUUUGCCUUCAAAACUGAAAUUGGGCAACUUGAAUGAUAUAAUAUGAUUAUUUCAGGUUGAAGUAAAGAAGAAGACAAUCGGAUGUUGCUGUAGGGAGCUCUAGAUUUCAAGCUAUAAAUUUCAUCGUUACAUUGAACAUAAAGCACAUAAAAGCUCCUCGCAUUAAUAGCUUCUUUGCUUUAAGAAAAUGGAAAUGCCAACCGAUGAAUCAAAAACACUGCCUCAACCAAUCACCAUGAAAGGUGGGGAUGGCCCUCUAAGCUAUGCCAAAAACUCCUGCUUUCAGAAAGGAGUUGUCGAUGCUACGAAAGGAAUGAUCAUUCAAGCAAUUGCAAACAAGCUUGACAUGGAGAAGCUUUGCUCUGAAUCUUCCAAAACAUUUAGAAUAGCAGACUUUGGUUGUUCUAUUGGACCAAACGCUUUUUUCUCCAUGGAAAACAUCAUAGAAGCUGUGGAGCAAAAGCACCACACCAACGCUGGAAACUUUGCAACUUCUCUGGAGUUUCAAUUGUUCUUCAAUGAUCACGCGAGCAACGAUUUCAACACACUUUUCCAAUCUAUCCCUCCCUCAUGGCCAUACUUCGCCGCUGGAGUUCCUGGUUCGUUUUAUGGACGAUUACUCCCAAAAUCCUCCAUCCAUAUUGGGCAUUCCUCUAGUGCAUUGCAAUGGCUCUCCAAAGUUCCGAAAGAAGUCGUUGAUAGCAGUUCUCCAGCUUACAAUAAAGGAAGCAUAUAUUGCACUGGAAUUGAAAAAGAAGUUACCAAAGCUUUUGCAGCCCAGUUUGAGAAUGAUAUGGAAACCUUUUUGAAUGCUAGAGCUGAAGAGCUUGUGGGUGGAGGGUUGAUGGUAAUCCUCGUGGGUGGAAUUCCGGAUGGAAUCGCUCUAUCUCAGACUGCAAUUGGCAAAUUUUAUGAAUUUUUUGGAACUUGCCUUGUGGAUUUGACUAAGAAGGGAUUAAUCAGAGAAGAAAAGGUGAACUCUUUUAACUUGCCCCUAUACUUUCCAUCCGCUAAGGAGUUGAAGUCAUUGAUCGAGAGAAAUGGGCGUUUUAGCAUGGAGAGUAUUGAUGAAAUAAUAGAACAAGUAAAGCGUGCGCACACCAGCUUGCCUAGUACCCAAAACUAUAUAUCCCACAUAAGAGCUGGAAUGGAAGGAUUGAUCAAAGAUCAUUUCGGAAAUGAGUUCGUCGAUGAGUUCUUCGCACACUAUGCCAAGAAACAUGUAGAGACUCGCUUCGUCUUUGCUGAGAAUGCUGUUGACAAUACCUUAAUAUUUAUGAUUCUCAAGCGCAUAUAAGUCUUAGAAUGAACUAAAAAUGUCUUAAGGACUAGGUGCCCUAUGUGAUGGGAACUUUUUUU